AUGGCUGGUUCUUCUUCUCCAUGUAAAUCACCCAAGAACCCUAAUCGGAUCAGCUUCAAUUCCAUGUGUUGUGCAACCAGGAGAGGUUCCAAAGCCCAAUUGUCUUUUCUCAAGAUUUUGCACAUAAUUUCCACGGUGCGGCCCCCUCAAACCACCACGGCGGAGCCACCACUUUUCAGUUCAAAAACCAAAGAAUCAUAUGUAGAUAGCAAAAUGAGUGAAGAAAAUAAUGGUUCUGAAUUUGACUCGAGCGGCGACGUUUGCAUUUUGCCAGAGAUGGAUGAAUCUUGUGAGUCUUUAGCGGGCGGACGGCUGAGCCCAGGUACCACAGCCGUAGGAACAGGUGAUCUGCCGUCCCUGAGCGGUGGUGGAGGUGGUGAUCAAUGCCAACAACAAGGUGAAAAGACGCAUGAAAACGGCUGUGUCAACACUAACGGCGUUUCUAAAAGCGUCCCGUACGAGAUGAAAGGAAAUAAUGACAAGUAUUGCGAUAAAGCUGAGAAUAAAUUGGAUUUACUCAUUGAAGCUGCGAAAUUGAUACUGGGUGAGUUCAAAGACUACAAUAAUUCCGAAUACGAGAAGCAAACCUUUGAGUUGAAGAGGAAUAAGAUGGUGGAGAAUGAAAAGACGAUGAGGCGCCGAAGCCAGUGGUUGACGGCGGCGAAUAUUGGCCGAGAUAUUGAGGAUACGGGGUCACCAGCGUUGCGGCGGUCGAAGCGGGGUAGAACUCAGGUUCUGCCAAAUCGGUAUAGAGACUCAGUGCUCGAACCAAUGACUCGGUUGUCGAGACACCGGUCAUCGGUCGUCCCAGUAAAGCGGACGUAA